AUGCCUUUUCCUUCGAAAUAUGUUAACGAUUUGCUUCCAUACAGGAGCGCCUUGAAAAUGCUCCUGCAGCCUCCGCCCUCUGCUCCUCUCCUGGAGCUCCUGCAGCCUCCACCCUCUGCUCCUCUCCUGCAGCCUCCGCCCUCUGCUCCUCUCCUGGAGCUCCUGCAGCCUCCGCCCUCCGCUCCUCUCCUGGAGCUCCUGCAGCCUCCACCCUCUGCUCCUCUCCUGGAGCUCCUGCAGCCUCCACCCUCUGCUCCUCUCCUGCAGCCUCCGCCCUCUGCUCCUCUCCUGGAGCUCCUGCAGCCUCCGCCCUCCGCUCCUCUCCUGGAGCUCCUGCAGCCUCCACCCUCUGCUCCUCUCCUGGAGCUCCUGCAGCCUCCACCCUCUGCUCCUCUCCUGGAGCUCCUGCAGCCUCCGCCCUCUGCUCCUCUCCUGGAGCUCCUGCAGCCUCCGCCCUCCGCUCCUCUCCUGGAGCUCCUGCAGCCUCCACCCUCUGCUCCUCUCCUGGAGCUCCUGCAGCCUCCGCCCUCUGCUCCUCUCCUGGAGCUCCUGCAGCCUCCGCCCUCCGCUCCUCUCCUGGAGCUCCUGCAGCCUCCACCCUCUGCUCCUCUCCUGCAGCCUCCGCCCUCUGCUCCUUUCUUGGAGCUCCUGCAGCCUCCACCCUCUGCUCCUUUCUUGGAGCUCCUGCAGCCUCCACCCUCCGCUCCUCUCCUGCAGCCUCCACCCUCCGCUCCUCUCCUCAUCAUGACAUCCGGCGCUCCGCUGCUGGCGCACAGACCCAGGAGGAGCCUGCUCUACAAGGCGCUCUGCUUUCUCCUCCUCUUCUUCCAGGGCGGCAUCUUGGACUUCUACCUCAUCCUCUUCACCGACCUGUACUGGUGCUCCUGGAUCGCCACGGACCUGGUGGUGAUCUGCGGCUGGGGGGUUUUCUUCCUGAGGAACGCCCGGAGCCAGAGGGAGCGCGCCUGCGGGUUCCACCUGAAGGGCUCCAGCUCCGGCUGCAGCCUGGGAGAGUUCACCUACGCCUACCUGGCCUGGCUCAUCUACGGCAUCGCCUGCGCCCCGAAGGUGGUGGUGAUCCUGGAGACCUCCAUCCUGGAGCAGAUCGCGCUGCAGGUGCCCUGCGGGGUGACCGGCUUUAAGGUGACGGUGCUGCUGUCGGUGCCGCUGCUCUUCUGCCUCAUCAGCUCCAUCGUGGUGCAUGUGAACGGGCCGAGCCACCACCGCUCCCACAGCUGCUUCACCACCACCUGCCUGGACCUGCUGGACAGCUUCACGCUGCUGGAGAUGCUCCUCCGAGGGGAGGUGCCCUCCGUCUACCUGAAGUACACCGUCAUCAGCGCCUACUUCGUGGCCCUGGGGGCCCCGGUGGUGUGGCUCUAUGAGCUGAGCGCGGCGGAGCUCCGCUGCCGGUGGCUGUGGGCCCGCUUCUCCACCGGGCUGCUGGUCAACGCCCCGCUGCUGGUGGUGCGCUGCUUCCAGGUCUUUGUUUACAGGAUGCCGGUGUCGGUCUUCAUGUUUAAGAACGUCUUCCUGCUGCUGUGCGGCCUGCUGGAGCUGCUGGAGCAGUGCGCAGCGCUGCGGGGCCUGCCAAAGCGGACUGGAACCAGCAACCCUUCCCAGUUCUCCCACUGCGUGUCCGACAGCGACAUGAAUCCCCACGGAUACGUCAACACCCUGGCCGUCACUCAGUCCUAGGGGCCCGCGCGGGGACCGGGAGGGGAAGGAGGCCCCAUGGGGCCCCCAUGGGGCCCCGCAUGGACAGUUAGGCAGGCAACAGUUGAUAAUUGAGGGUUAUUUAGCUUUUUUUUUUCAAGAGAAAAAUAAGUUGUUGUUUUCAGGUCAUUUUCAAUUCUAUUCCCUUUAUUUCUAUAGUUUCACAACACAAGUCAUCCCAGGUCACUUUACAGUUCAACCAGA